ACCCUUUUCUACGUGAUUAAAUGAAACAUUUUCCUUUGCUAAAAAGAAAUAGAGUCUCAAUUUCGGCCACGUUUGGGCUAUAGCAGAUUAUCUCAAUCGUGAUUUGCCAUACAAGUAAUCACCUGAGGAUGUUUAUCUUACACUCGGAUGCUAUAAAGCAAUGGAAGUUACAAUAACAUCCCUUGCUCGUCCUGGUCCCAAUAUUUUGCUUCCUAGACCAGGGUACCCAUACCAUGAAGCUCGUGCAGCAUGUUCCAAUCUUGAAGUUCGUCAUUUUGACCUUCUGCCUGGAAAGGGUUGGGAGGUUGAUCUAGAUGCUGUUGAAGCUCUUGCAGAUAAGAAUACGGUUGCCAUGGUUAUCAUAAAUCCUGGAAGUUGUGGAAAUGUCUUCAGUCUUGAGCAUUUAGAGAAGAUUGCAAAGACAGCAAGGAAGUUAGGGAUUUUGGUCAUUGCAGAUGAAGUUUAUGUCCAUAUUUCGUUCGGGAACACACCAUUUGUGCCAAUGGGAUUGUUUGGGUCUAUUGUGCCUCUUCUCACCCUUGGAUCCAUAUCAAAGCGAUGGAAUGUUGCUGGUUGGCGUGUUGGGUGGAUUGUCACAACUGAUCCUGAUGGAAUCCUGGAAAAAACUGGGGUUUGCCCUAUCACCGUCACUUUGUUUAUCUGGCUAAACAUAUCUUCUUAGUAAAUUCUUUGAUUGCCGAGUAUUCUUUAUAUAAUAGCUACAUGUGUAUAUAUAUCUUGAAAUACUGAUCCUGUGUUAUCAAUGUUACU